AAGCUCUAAGUGUCAUGCAGAGGAGGGUUGUUUUAGCUAAGACAUCAUGACCUGGACAAACCCCCUGACCCUUCUUCGGCACGGCUGGACGAGGCACUGGAACCCAGACAGACCCGUCAGGACGGUGGUCUCCAACUUACCCUUUGAAGAUCUGAAGAAACGUGAGCAGCCGAACCGCACGUAUGAGGGCAACGCCAUCAAAACCAACAAAUACAGACUGUGGUCUUUCAUCCCCAUGAACUUAUUCGAGCAGUUCCACCGUAUGGCCAACAUUUACUUCGUGGGCCUGGCCAUCUUGAAUUUCGUCCCGGUGGUGAACGCGUUCCAGCCGGAGGUGGCUCUCAUUCCCAUUUGUGUCAUCCUGGCACUGACCGCUGUUAAAGACGGUUGGGAGGACUUCCGGAGAUAUCAGACUGACCAACAGCUCAACAACACACCCUGCUUCAUAUUCAGCAGGAAGCAGAUGUGUUUCAUGGAGAGGAGAUGGAAAGAUGUCCGCGUGGGGGAUUUUGUGAGAGUGCUCUCUAACGAGAUCAUCCCAGCUGACAUCCUGCUCCUGCACACAUCCGACCCUGAUGGAGUGUGUCACAUGGAAACAGCCAAUCUGGACGGAGAGACCAGCCUCAAACAGAGGAAGGUGGUGCCAGGCUUUUCUGCUCUGGGUGAACCAUUUCAACCUCAAACAUUUGACAGUUCUGUAGUGUGUGAAAACCCCAACAACAACCUCAACCUGUUCAAAGGUUAUGUGGAGAGGCCUGAUAAGAAGAGAACGGGCUUCGGCAUCGAUAGUCUUCUGUUGCGCGGCUGCACGGUGAGAAAUACUGAUGAUGCAGCUGGAAUAGUGGUGUACGCAGGACACGAAACCAAAUCCAUGUUAAACAACAGCGGGCCCAGGUACAAACGCAGCAAGAUCGAGAGGAAGAUGAAUACGGAUGUGCUCUUCUGUGUGGUUCUUCUAUUUUUCAUGUGUCUCAUCGGAGCCCUGGGCCAUGCGAUCUGGUUGGAAACUUUUACCAGCAAGCCCUCAUACAUCGUCCCUGACAGUAAUGGCAAUUAUACUCCUUCAGUCCUAGCGGGAUUUUACAUGUUCUUCACCAUGAUCAUCUUACUACAGGUGAUGAUCCCUGUUUCACUGUACGUGUCCAUUGAGCUGGUGAAGAUGUGGCAGAUCUUCUUCAUCACUCAGGAUGUGGAACUGUACGACGAGGAGCUGGACAGUCGGGUCCAGUGUCGUGCUUUGAACAUCACUGAGGACUUGGGACAGAUCCAAUACGUCUUCUCGGAUAAGACAGGGACGCUCACAGAAAACAAGAUGGUGUUCAGGCGCUGCUCCAUCAUGGGGACUGAAUACUGUCAUGAGGAGAACGGUGCGGUUGGAGAUUUCACAGAUAUGACACAAGUGGAUAGUGAGGCGAAGCAAAUUGCUGUAAAAACCCAAAAAGACCUUGACAUGUACGCCAGGAAUGGAUUACGGACGCUGUGCUUUGCCAAAAAGGUCAUCAGUGAGCAGGAGUUCAGGGCCUGGUCUGCUGUCAGACAGGAGGCGCUGUCAGCCAUGGAUGAGAAAGAGGAGCGUCUCAUGGAAACCGCAAACUUCAUCGAGAGCAACUUCACUCUGCUGGGGGCCACCGGCAUUGAGGACCGUCUCCAAGAAAGUGUCCCAGAAACCAUCCAGGCUCUGAGACGAGCUGGCAUGCAGUUAUGGGUGCUGACAGGGGACAAACCCGAGACGGCCAUCAACAUCGCAUACUCCUGCAAGCUGCUCGAGCAUGAGGACCUGGUGUUCACCUUCAGCACCAACAGGAAGUCUGUGUGUAAAAUGAGGCUGGAAGACACACUGGGAGAGCUGCGACGGAGCACGCUGGCACCCGGAGCGGACCAUCAGUUCAGGGGUUACAACUCAGCGUUUACUGGCCCACUGACGGAGCCCAGUAUCGGGCUGGUGAUAGACGGGCCGACUCUGAGCAUGGCCAUGUCAGACGAGCUGGUGGAGCAGUUUGUGGAGCUCUGCAAACACUGUCGUGCGGUGCUUUGCUGUCGAGUGACGCCGCUGCAGAAGAGCGCCGUGGUUAAACUCAUUCGGCAGAAACUGAGGGUCAUGACCCUCGCCGUAGGUGACGGCGCCAAUGAUGUGAACAUGAUUCAAGCUGCAGACGUUGGCAUUGGAGUUUCUGGACAGGAGGGGAUGCAGGCUGUCAUGGCCAGUGAUUUUGCCAUCACGCGCUUCAAACACCUGCAAAGACUGCUGCUGGUUCACGGACACUGGUGCUACUCGAGACUGGCCAACAUGGUCAUCUAUUUCUUCUACAAGAAUGUGGCGUACGUGAAUCUGCUGUUCUGGUAUCAGUUCUUCUGCGGCUUCUCUGCCACAGCCAUGAUCGACUACUGGCUCAUGAUAUUUUUCAACCUGUUCUUCACCUCUGCUCCUCCCAUCAUGUUUGGGAUCAUGGACAAAGAGGUGUCAGACUCCACGUUACUGAGCCUGCCUGAGCUCUAUAAGAGAGGACAGCACUCGGAGGGCUACAGGCGUUCGACAUUUUGGAUUGCGAUUCUCGAUGCUUUCUAUCAGAGUCUAGUGUGCUUCUUUAUUCCAUACUGGACGUACAAUGGUUCAGACAUCAGCAUAUUCGCGUUCGGCACUCCCAUGAACACAGUGUCUCUGUUCACCAUCAUCCUGCAUCUGGCCAUUGAGAUCAAGAGCUGGACAGCGGUGCAUUGGGUGAUCAUGAUCGGCAGUGUGCUGGUGUACUUCAUCGUGACUCUGGCCUACAGCGCCAUCUGCAUCAGCUGCAACCCUCCGUCUGACCCCUACUGGAUCAUGCACAAACAAAUGGCCGACCCCAUGUUCUACCUCGUCUGCAUUUUAACAACAGUUGUUGCUUUACUACCAAGGUACACCUUGCAUGUCUUGAGGGGAACGCUGGCGCCCUCCCCUCACCUCCGCGCGCGGCAGCUCGAGCGACUCCCUCCGUCCCAUCGGGAGCAGCGGAUCAGAGAGUGGCGUGGUCUCCGAGACACUUGUAUCCCUCCUUCUCCCAGCGCAUAAACCACACACACAGCACAGUCCGGCGCGCCACACUUCCUCGUGCACCGAGAACGACGAUGCCGCAAAACUUGAAUAUUGCCAA